CGAGUUCUAUUUUGUCAGUAGGGUGGGGAUAAAUUAUUGAGAGCGUCAAAACGAGGAAAAAGUUGUUUUCUUUAGCCUCGAAUUUUGAACGAAAGAAGAUGCAAUGCCAAAGUUGUCACGAGAUUCUACGGUUCAAAGGGAGUUUCCCUAAUGGGGUACAAAGGAAAAGAUUAAAUGGUGUUUUGUCUGUCGUCUCGUAAAUAAAAUCUCGACUGACAUGGACGAGGCGCUUCCUGGGUUCGAAAACCGAUCAGACGUCCAGCAGGAAACCUUGAAUUUGUCAACAAACUCCGCUCAAAAGAAAGACGUUUUUCGCUCAGACGAACCUGUCACGAAUCGAAGGUCGGGCCAUUUGACAUCUCCAGGAACCAAAAGAUAUGGCAUGACUAAUUUUGACGAUAUAAAUGUUCAACAGGACUUGUUAGAUGAAUUCGACCCCCUGUCAUCACAUUCGAAUACGACUGAAAAUGACUUCAAUGACGGAGACCCAUCGGGGAAGAAGAAGACAUCUGUCCAAAGAUUGGACACAAAGAAGAACAUGGAACCCCAUCGGUCAUCUGGGCUUAUCUUAGGUAAUAUUCAAGAAACAAGCUUGGCAGUUGCGCCGACAAAUUCUGGGGAUGAAAGGAUUUUGAGUGGCUGUCAGCAAACUGAAUACAGUGAAGAGGUUUUUGAAAAUGGUGGAAAGUUGGAAAGAGGUGAGGUUGAUGAAGAUAUUGAUGGUGAAGCUGAGGUUGUGGAUGAAGGUAAGAAUUCCCAUAUUCAUCAAAGUAGCUUUCACAAGUUUUCAGCUUGUCUGCUUCUAUAACCUUUAAUAGUUGGGUUGAUUUAGCUUGCACUUUUAACUAGUGAUUAGAUCACCUCCCUGAUAUUUGAUAUNCAGACGUCCAGCAGGAAACCUUGAAUUUGUCAACAAACUCCGCUCAAAAGAAAGACGUUUUUCGCCCAGACGAACCUGUCACGAAUCGAAGGUCGGGCCAUUUGACAUCUCCAGGAACCAAAAGAUAUGGCAUGACUAAUUUUGACGAUAUAAAUGUUCAACAGGACUUGUUAGAUGAAUUCGACCCCCUGUCAUCACAUUCGAAUACGACUGAAAAUGACUUCAAUGACGGAGACCCAUCGGGGAAGAAGAAGACAUCUGUCCAAAGAUUGGACACAAAGAAGAACAUGGAACCCCAUCGGUCAUCUGGGCUUAUCUUAGGUAAUAUUCAAGAAACAAGCUUGGCAGUUGCGCCGACAAAUUCUGGGGAUGAAAGGAUUUUGAGUGGCUGUCAGCAAACUGAAUACAGUGAAGAGGUUUUUGAAAAUGGUGGAAAGUUGGAAAGAGGUGAGGUUGAUGAAGAUAUUGAUGGUGAAGCUGAGGUUGUGGAUGAAGGUAAGAAUUCCCAUAUUCAUCAAAGUAGCUUUCACAAGUUUUCAGCUUGUCUGCUUCUAUAACCUUUAAUAGUUGGGUUGAUUUAGCUUGCACUUUUAACUAGUGAUUAGAUCACCUCCCUGAUAUUUGAUAUCGGUGAUAUUUGUUCAGAUUAAAGUACUUUUAAUUCAUGUGGAAUGUUGUAAUACUGAUUUGACAUCGAUAAGAUAUUGAUUAACUACAGUCAGUUAAACUGUCUUUAUUCAAAGCAUGGAAAGAACAGCUAUCCAGUUAAGGCAAAUAAAGCUUUGGAGCAAAUUCCAGUCAUAUGUUUCUGUGCUCAUUACAGUACAUUUAUACAUUCCAAAAAAUCAAGUUUUGUCACCAUAGCCUUUAGUUUUUGUGGUAUAAAAGGUGUUUUAUGGGGAUGGUCAACUUCUGAAAAACUGCCGUGUUUGCCAUGAUGUGUAUGUGUUUUUUUUUCUUUGACCUAGAUGGCAUGUUGUCAAACUCAAAUCCCACACUUUGGUACAUGUAAAAUAAACAUGUCAAAAUUCUAGAGCUACUGGCCAUUUUCACCGAAUAGAUUUAUAAUUGGUCUAAUUAACAUGUCAUUUUGGGCGACAACAAGCAUCAUAUUUCCAGUUGUGUCUGAUACUCUUUCCAAGUUUCAUUUCAUUUAAUAGCCUGUAAAUACAGCUCAAUACUCAGUCCUUGCCACCAGGGGCAUAUUGUGGGGAAAUGUUUUGCCUCCCCUAGUGUCAAAGAUCGGGGGAGACAGCUGUAUUCGCAAGCUACAUGUACACUCAUGUGACCAACUUUCAAGAUUAAUUUUUAACCAGUCUCAACAGACGCAGCAGAAGUGGAUGAAAGUGGAGAAAAUCCUAGUCCCCAUCGUUCAACCUUGAGUAAAUUGGAUGAUGACUUCCGUGACAUUGCUCAGCAUCAUAUACUUUCAGUGGCUGGUAAGCAAUCAUAUUACCUUAUUAUAGGAAAUUAACGCUCCAUGGAAUUAAGGUGUUGUAAAUUAACGCGACUUAAAUUAACGCGAAUUUAAUGGAAAACGACUUGCGAAUAAAGAAAAUUAACACGAAAGGGCAGGGUUGUCAUUAAGAGCCGGGGGCCGGGGAUUUUCCCUGGCUACUAAGAGAGUGGCCCCCGGCUACUUUUAUUGGAAAAUAGAAGAAAAACAGAACCAAAAGAAAUCCCUAGCCAUUUGAUUCCCCGCCUACUUGUUGCAUUUACCCGGCAACUUAAAAUCUUAGUGACAACCCUGAAAGAGGAGGUAGAAUUUCAUAAUAAAGGAAAUUAACGCGAUUACGACACAGUUGGUGGUUACAACUGGAACAAAUUUAUGUUAACACUGCAUGCAAAAACAUUCAAAACUAAACAAAACUGAGCUAACAUCACUUCUGACAGCGACAACGAUGAAGCUGAACUAGAAAUAUUGUAAACCUUCACCUUAGCUUUUGCAAAAGAUGAAAAAUAAAGGGUAAAUGGAAAGAAAGAAAGCUUGUAGUUAAUGUUUUUCAGGUGUCAAGAAUGUCUGGACAGGUUCCAAAAUUGGGGUUAAAAUACUGGAAAUUAAGAGCGCGGAAAUUAACGCUGCACUUAAUUAACGUCGCAGAAAUUAACGCUCAACAAAAUUAACACGACUUAAAUUAACACGAAUUUUAACGAUUCGCAUUAAUUUCAUAGAGCGUUAAUUUCCUAUGAUAAGGUAUUGCAAAAGGUUUGAACCCAGGGGUCAUUUCAUAAGAGGGUGGAGCAUGAUCACCCAAAGUAUGAGGACUGUUCCUAUUCAGGACUACGCUCACUGAACAAUCAUGCUCUGCCUUCUUAUGAAAUCUACACAAUAGGGGUGUUUUAGACCUACUGUACAGUGUUUUUACAGGUGACUUGAGGGCAGGUUUUUAACCGUAAUAUUUUUUAAUUAUCAGUGGUAGUGUCAUAUAUUUUUGAAACACCAACAAAAAAGCAAGUUCUCAACCACUGUGAAUAAUAUAUUUUCUUUGCAGGUGAUGAUAAGAGUGGAAGACCAGUUAUUGUUUUCUCAUCAUGCAGAAUGCCACCAAUAAGUUCCAUUGACCACACACGGUUAUUCAAGUAAAUAAUCUUACACUAUAAUACUCAGAACUCUUUAAUUAAUAAAUUUAUAAACUGUCUAAUUUACAAUAUAAAUUAACAAAUUAUUUAUUACAUAUCAACGUGCAAAGAAAGUAGUGUCCGAUAGUCCGGGGCUGGUGGAUUUUGCUAUCGGGCUAGUGAAUUCUGUUUUUAACUUGCCCAACGUGCAAGUGAUCAUUUUUUAGGAAUUCGAAUAACAGAAGAACUGUGAGAUCAAUUCUACUUCAAAAAGCUUUUGGGGCUAGUUGAAAUGACGUCUGGGCUAGUAAAUGUUAGCUUCAGCUUGCCUGAAUGGCAAGCUCUAAAAAUGAUUUUCUUGGCACCCUGCAUAUUUAUAGUUAUUGCUUCGGAUGUAAGAAUUCCCAUAUUCAUCAAAGUAGCUUUCACAAGUUUUCAGCUUGUCUGCUUCUAUAACCUUUAAUAGUUGGGUUGAUUUAGCUUGCACUUUUAACUAGUGAUUAGAUCACCUCCCUGAUAUUUGAUAUGGGUGAUAUUUGUUCAGAUUAGAGUACUUUUAAUUCAUGUGGAAUGUUGUAAUACUGAUUUGACAUCGAUAAGAUAUUGAUUAACUACAGUCAGUUAAACUGCCUUUAUUCAAAGCAUAGAAAGAACAGCUAUCCAGUUUAGGAGAAUAAAGCUUUGGAUCAAAUUCCACUCAUAUGUUUCUGUGCUCAUUACAGUACGUUUAUCCAUUCCAAAUAUCAAGUUUUGUUACCAUAGCCUUUAGUUUUUGUGGUAUAAAAGGUGUUUUAUACGGAUGGUCAACUUCUGAAAAACUGCCAUGUGUGCCAUGAUGUGUGGGUAUUUUCUUUGGUGUGUGUAUGUGUUUUUUUUCUUUGAACUAGAUGACAGGUUGUCAACCUCAAACCCCACACUUUGGUACAUGUAAAAUAAACUUGUCAAAAUUCUAGAGCUAUGGCCAUUUUCACCUAAUAGAUAUAUCAUUGGUCUAAUAACAGUCAUGUCAUUUUGGGCUACUACAAGCAUCGUGUUUCCAGUUCUGUCUGAUACUCUUUCCAAGCUUCAUUUCAUUUAAUAGCCUGUAAAUACAUAGUCUGCUACACAGCUGUUUUUAGAGUCGUCACGCAACGCUCCUCCCCACUAACGGCUGCUGAAAACCGAACUACAUUCCUUUCCCUUUGUGUUUGUGGCCUAACGAACAAGCCAAUCAUGUAUAAGAAAUUUACCAAUGCGUGAGCCCCAGGGCGCUAGGAAGCGAGCACACUUCUCGGUUUUCGACAGAUCAAUCAAUCGUCGCUGAAUUUAGACGGGCUCUUGGUUUUCAAGCAACGAAAAGGUUAAUUACAAAAAAGUUUGUUUUAAGUGGUCAAGAAAGUUCCAAGUGAAAAAAAGGUUUGAUAGGCUUAGAAGACUUUUACCAGGAUCGAUUGGUUCUUCAUUUAACGUGCAUAUGUACUGAUAUGUAAUAAAGAAUUUAAUGUGGGAGAUGUGCUCAUUGUGUUCCUGUGAAAACUAAACUGUCAAGGGUACUAAUUUAAAAAGCAAUCCUAUAAAUUAUCGAUGAGCGAUUUCCCGAAACUAUACCUGGCAACUUUAUGAGCACGUCCAUGUUGUGCGUCGCAAUUUGCUCAACUUGCUUGCUGCCGCUGCUUAUCUCCUAAAUUUUGAAUAGGACUCGACUACAUCAACACUACUGUAGUUAAUUGCUUGUUUUCACGCGACAAUUUUGAUUAUUCUGUCAUUCACACGUGGGGCACCGAUAAAAGCAAAGCUGUGAUUGGAGGAGUCACAGUAUCGCAAACAUGGCACGAACACUUUCCAGAAAACGGGAGCUGAAUUACAAUUGGUUUAUCACGGGAAAGGAAUGUAGUUCGGUUUUCAGCAGCCGUCAGUGGGGAGGAACGUUGCGUGACGACACUAAAAAGGGCUGUGUAGCAGACUAGUUAAUACAGCUCAAUACUCAGUCCUUGCCACUAGGAGCAUUUCGUGGGGAAAUGUUUUGCCUCCCUGGUUCGCAAGCUACAUGUAUACUCAUGUGACCAACUUUCAAGAUUAAUUUUUAACCAAUCUCAACAGACACAGCAGAAGUGGAUAGAAGUGGAGAAAAUCCUAGUCCCCAUCGUUCAACCUUGAGUAAAUUGGAUGAUGACUUCCGUGACAUUGCUCAGCAUCAUAUACUUUCAGUGGCUGGUAAGCAAUCAUAUUAUUAUUGUGAAAGGUUUGAACCCAGGAGUCAUUUCAUUAGAGGGUGGAGCAUGAUCACCCAAAGUAUGAGGACUGUUCCUAUUCAGGACUACGCUCCCCGAACAAUCAUGCUCCACCUUCUUAUGAAAUCUACACAAUAGAGGUUUUUUAGACCUACUGUAUAGUGUUUUUACAGGAGACAUGAGGGCAGGUUUUUAACCAUAAUAUUUUAUGAUUAUCACUGGUAGUGUCAUAUAUUAAUUUUGAAGCACGAACAAAAAAGCAAGUUGUCAACCACUGUGAAUAAUAUAUUAUUUUCUUUGCAGGUGAUGAUAAAAGUGGAAGACCAGUUAUUGUGUUCUCAUCAUGCAGAAUGCCACCAAUAAGUUCCAUUGACCACACACGGCUAUUCAAGUAAAUAAUCUUACACUAUAAUACUCAGAACUCUUUAAUUAAUAAAUUAAUUUAUAAACUGUCUAAUUUACAAUCAUGUAAAUUAACAAAUUAUAUAUUACAUAUCAACGUGCAAAGAAAGUAGUGUCCGAUAACCCGGGGCUGGUGGAUUUUGCUAUCGGGCUAGUGAAUUCUGUUUUUAACUUGCCCAACAGGCAAGUGAUCAUUUUUUAGGAAUUCGAAUAACAGAAGAACUUUGAGAUCAAUUCUGCUUCAAAAAGCUUUUGGGGCUAGUUGAAAUGACGUCUGGGCUAGUAAAUGUUAGCUUCAGCUUGCCUGAAUGGCAAGCUCUAAAAAUGAUUUUCUUGGCACCCUGCAUAUUUAUAGUUAUUGCUUCGGAUGACAAAUGGCAAAUUUAUCACUCUUUUAGUUUAUUGAUAUGCCGGUAGCCGGCAUUGCAGAGGUGAUCCAACCCCAGCUAGUCAAGUCUGUGAAGUUGCUGAAAUCCUUUUUCUGGACCCCCUUAACCCUUUAAGUCCCAAUAGUGACCAACAUAAAAUUUCUCCUAACAUCAUCCAUACAUUUUCAAGAGAUAAGGUUAUGAGAAUUAAUAAAUCGAUCAAUAAAGAGAAAAUGCCUUGAUCUUUCAUUAAAUUCUCUCAACCAAUUCUUACGGGAAAUGUACGUAGAUCACUUUGGAUAAUUUGUACCUGUGUAUUAGGGCUUAAAGGGUUAACAGACUCAAUGUAUAAUUAUACAGAACUGUGUGUUUCGGAUUUCCCUUCAAACAACAACAUUAUCAGGGCUCGAAAUUAAAAAAAUCCCCAGGUCUCCUUUUGGCAUCCAACUUGAGAAGUAAAGUCACCAGAUGCAAAUUUUUAGUCCCCAGUUUGUGUAAUGUAAUUAUGAUGCAGCUUGUAAUAUGGCACGAUCCAUCAGAUUUGACUGUUUGAAAUAUUGUGAACAGAAGUCAGUAUAAAUUUGGAGGUAAACUUGCUUUGUGUAUACAAUUCGGCACAUUUUCUCUGAUGAAAGCAAAGCAAGGUAGGAUGAAAUGUUUGUUUUCACUUUACUCUUUUAAUUUAAAUCUAAAUCAUAGAGAAAUCUGGUCCCCAAAGUGGCGACUAAUAAACCAGAAGUUUUAGUCGCCAAGGAGAAAAUGUUAUUUGCAUUGACGACCGUAUCAGUCGCAAUUGCGAGCCCUGAUUAUUGACAACUGCAGCUCAAUUUCUUUGUGAAAGCAGUUGCAUAUAUUAUAUAAUUCUCAACGAUACCCUUGUGAAAUCAAAGCCCAUUUUCUUCUGCAAGCAGCACCCCAGACAUUAAGUGUAUACUAUGCAUCUCAGAGCCAGCUUCAGCAUCAGUUUAAAAUGUUGCUAAUGCUAUAAAUCAGCCUAAUCAGAGUCUCAGUUUUCCAAUAUUAGUGGUUUUGUUUUAUUGUAGGUAUUUAUUACGCACAUUAGAUCAGUAUGUUGAGAAUGAUUACACCAUUGUGUACUUUCACUUCGGGCUUACCAGCAAGAACAAACCAGGCAUGUCAAAAGUCAUUCAACUCUACCGUGAACUGGAUAGAAAGUAAGAAGUAAAAACCACGUGGCCUUGUUUUAUUUGCAUGGAUGGUGUUCUUUUCCAGAGUGCAUAGAAAGUCAUGUCCGAUAGCCCGGGGCUAGUGGAUUUUGCUAUCUGGCUAGUGAGUUCUGUUCUUAACUUGCCCAACGGGCAAGUGCUGUUUUUUGGGGAAAUUCAAAUUACAGAUUGAGGGAUUGUAAUCAAUCUUGCUAAUCAAAAAGGGUUUUGGGGUUAGUUGAAAUUACUUGUGAGUUAGCACAUACUAGCUACAGCUUGCCUGAAUGACAGGCUGUAAAACUGACUUUCUUUGCACCCUGUUUUCUGUAUCUGUCAGGAUCAUAUUGAUUUCUGAAUUUUUUUUAAUCAAAUUAUGUUCCUCCUUGAACAUCUCUGCUUCACUUCAAAUCAUUUCAUGUAGUUUUUCUGGUACAUUUGUAACAGAUUUAGUCUACCUACAGGUACCGAAAGAAUAUCAAAGCCCUUUAUGUUGUCCACCCUUCAAGUACCAUCAAGCUGAUAUGGGCCACCCUAGCAAAGGUUUUAAGGUACAAGAUUUAUCAGUAAUUUAUUGUAUUCGCUCUUCUUUCCCCCUUUUUUUCUCUUUUCUGCUCUUUGCACCCUUUUCCUAAAUGGUAACAAUGCCACUUGUUGCCAGUAUUAACACUUUUUUUUUAUUCUUGAGAAAAGAAAAGAAAAGAAAUAGAAAAGACUCCUUUUUGUCUUGUAAUUUUUUAAAAUUUUUUGUUCCAUAAUUUUUACUUCAUUUUUCCCCUUUUUUUUUGUAAUAAUAAAGAAAGGGUGGAAAAUUCAAUUUAUAUACUAAACCUUAAGGAAAGCAAUGAGGGCUGUUUCAUUUAGCUGGGUACGUGGACUCCCUUUCUCUUUCCUUUUCGAUCAAACCUGAUGCAUGUUUCAGUGAAUGUGAAGUCUGUGGUGCAGUAGUGUGCAAUAGUCCAUGAAAUUAAUGAUGAGGCUCUUGUUUUGCAGCCCUAAGUUUUCAAGGAAGUUGUUUUAUAUAACAAGACUUCAAGAUCUGGCAGAUAUUGUUCAUCUUGAUCAAAUUGACAUUCCUAAGCAAGUCAUGGAGUAGGUGUCUCUCUUAUGCCAUUAUGUAUUACAGGUCAAAAUUAAAUUCAGGUUAAAAAGUUACCGUGAAAUCCUAGGGCUUGUAUUUUUUAAAAAUCCAGUUUGAUUCUCAUUUUCCUUUGUUUCCUAGCCCUAAUUCGUGAAUAAUUAGGGCUAGGAAACAAAGGAAAUUGUGAAUCAAAGUGGAUUUUUAAAAAAUACAAGCCCUAGGAUUUCACGGUAACAAUUGUUCUCCCAGUGACAUUUUCAGCCUUAGGAGGCAAUUUACAGAAAUUCACUAUUUUUCCAUUCAGGUUCGUAACGUAGUUCGACAACAAUUCUUUGUUAUGACUCAGUUUAUGUGCAAAACUAAAAUGUUUAUCAGCAUCUAUCAUCUUUCUUUUGUUCACCAUCUUGAAUUGUUUCCAAAGUGCUUUGAAAGUUACUGCUUUAUGGCUUCCAGGACCAAGGAAAAAAUAUGACUUCCAAAAUUGAAAACAUUUAAGAGAUGGGUUGCUGUGAAUUUUUCAUGGGCACAAAAAAUUGUUACGGAUGGUUUCAUGGAAAUGAAAAAUUGUCUUCCAUGGGAAUUGAAAUCCUAGGGCUUGAAGUACUGAUUUACCCUGAGACUGACUUUACUUACAACAUAUUAUAUGAAUUGAUAUUUUGAGAACAUUUGUUGGUAGUUGUGGUUUAUUAUUAUUUUACAACAGUGUGAAAAAUAGAUAUUUUAAGUAAUAUUGACUCUCACCAUGAUGUGUGUAUUACUUUAGGCAUGAUGUUGAGAUUUCCAGCCAGGUCAGAGCUGCUACACCCAAAGCACCAUCAGUGUUUUAUGCAACACCCACAGAAAUUCCAAAAACACAGCAGUUUGGUGUGUCAUUAUCAUGGUAUGUAAUGACCAGGGCUGUCAUUUAGUGCCGCAGGGCCAGGGAUUUCCCCAGCUACCAUGAACAUAGCCUCUGGCUACUACGAAAAAUGAACCAGAAGAAAUCCCUAGCUGUUUGAGUACCCGCCUACUUGACCUUUAGCCUGGAUAUUGAUGCUUGAAGGGUUAACUGAUUUGUCUUUCAGGAGUAGUGUACAGGAACUCCAAAGAAAUGAUAACGAAUGAUGAAGAACAUGUUAAUGAGAAACUCCUCCCUUGUACAUGUAAUUUCAAUUUAUAAUAUUUUUUUCGAAGGAUUUUUGCACAAAAACAUCAAGGAUUACAUUUUUUUCUGACUUUUGAGAGAAGCCAACAACCUAUUUGGUGAUAAAUUUGUGUUUUAUCCUCUUUUUUUUAAAGAAACAUGCUCAUAAUAUUAUAAUAAUUAUCACUCUUAUGUAUCUUUUUUCCAUUUAGUAGUCUGUUCAGACAUCAAGAUUGUUGAUUGUUAUCUUUUUCAGGAUGAGACAGAAAAACGAUGGGGAGUGCAUUCCACUUGUAUUGUCAGCAUCAGUGACAUUUUUACGAGAAUCUGGUAGGAAUCAUAGCCAAAGCUUACCAGAUUAUUUAGUCCAUUGUUUUAGUAUUUUUUUGGCUUUUAACAUGCAUUUUUGAGGCAAGAUGUUGAUUGUUGAAAACACAAACUGUUUACUUAAUCAUAAACUUACUUAGUCACAAUUAUUUCAUAGUAUCUUUUGAUUGACAAAAAUUUUGAUCAACUGUGUCACUUUUUAAGGUCAAAAAUCUGGCAAGAUAAAUUAUCAAGAGAGUUCUAAAUAGCGGAAUAUCAGUUGAUACUUCUAGGCUGUCUAGGGAACCAUAUCGGUCAAAUCCAGCCAACAUCAAUGUCAGAAUCUUCGCUCUUUGUUAUAACUGUGUUGCCAUUGUCAGUCUAUACUUACUUUAAACUUGAGGUUGAAAAGAUGAAAUAUGCAAAGUCUUGUUAAUCAAGCAAGAAACUGAAUGAAUUGAAUGAUUUUGUACCUUUUAGCUAAUUCCUAGUAUUUUGGAAUAAUUCUCAUUUUUGAAGUAAUUCUCUUGUCUAUUAGACAGGUCCUUUUAUUAGUUAGGGGCAUCUAAUAAAAUUUUAACAGCUUAGAGGGGGUGUCUAUGAGAAAAAAGGUGUUUACUUGGAAGUGGGCGUUUCUUAGGUCAUUUAUGGUAAAUAAUUUUACCACCCCAACAGAAUACGUAUUUACCCAGGGUAACUCUUAGAGGCACUCAUCACAUAUUUAAGGCCACAGGUAAUGGUACUUUACCCAUACCCGUACACUGGGAAUGGUUAAUCUUAACAUUCCUAUUACAUCCCUUUUGUAAUUCCUCUUCUUCUGGGAUGCACCCCUUGCCCCAAAGAAAGGUGUUAACCAGACCUACAUUUAAAGGUUUUUUCUUAAUAUUAGCUCUAGAAGUUGAAGGGAUUUUCAGAAGAUCUGCCAACAUGAAAACUGUUAAAGAAUUCUGUGUAAUGUUUAAUGAAGGUUAGUGGUUUAGUAUGAAUUAGCAUUUUAAUUAACCACCGUUCACUGAUAACAAAUCUAUGAUACAUGUAAGUAAUGUUUUAAUCAUUUUCAACUUCUUCUGGACUUAGGUGAAUGAAAGGAGGAAAAUAAUUAUAUCCCUUUAACGUAACACAACAUAACAACUUUGUUGUCGAUGUGUUUAGCUAAUGCAAGCUAAUUUGGGUCAAAAAGGGAAUAGAUAAAUAGUAAAGAAAUGUACAGUUUACUAAAAGAAAUGUCAAUGGUAAUUAUAAAUGUGUUUAUAGAUUAUUCUACAAUGCCCUUAAAUUUAAAAUUUAUAAACAUCUAAAAUAACGUGGAGCCUAACCCCUACUUAAAUAUACAGGAAAAUGCUAAAUAUAUUUCUAAAAUUCUUAAGAGCUACAAAGUAUACGGGAGCUACAAUUGUCGUUUAAAAGACCUACAAGGUUAAUACUUCGUAUGCUGGGUUCAAAGAUUUGUCUUUGACUUUACUGUCCAAUCAAGACCAUAUAUAUGGUCCAAAGUACUUCAUAGAAUGUUUCCUGUAAUGUACAGUAUUAAAUCUAGGUGUUUGAAAAUUCCUUAUUUCUUAAGUGAUAGUUGGAACACACAAUCUGUUAACUGUAACAACCAAAUUGUCAUGAAAUCUGUGUCAAGUGAGUUCAUUUGGUCUAUAAUGCAGUUGGCUUUACUGCAACUUGUUUCGAAACUAUAGACCAAUUAAAAGAUUCCAAUUCUUCUUGCUAGUCUAUUAUAGCUUUUUAAUCUAGAUAAAAUAUGAGUGGGAGAUAUGUAUGGGCAUUUAUAAGUGGUUAUAUAAUUACAGGCAAAGAUGUUAACUACAGUAACCCGGAUGACAUCCACUGUGCAGCAGUUAUUAUCAAGAGAUUCUUGAGAGAACUUCCUGAACCAAUCCUCACAUUCAAACUUUAUGAGACAAUUAUUACUAGCACAAGUAAGUGUCAGAUUUCAAUCCACAGUUUUCAAGUAUUCCCAGAUCUCUUAACUGGCAACACACAAGGGGAACCCAAUCAUAGACCUGUCAAUAUGUUCAUAACAGACUGCAUUGAACAAAAGAGAAAAAUUAAAUGUGAAAAAGUGUCAGUGGCACACGGGACUUAAAAUUAAUCUGACUCUUUAAGAAUCAUUGACUCCUUAUCUUAACGCAUUGUUAUGUCAAUAAAUGAAGGAUGUCUACUCAGGAAGCUCUGUGUAGUUAAUUAGAUCAGUGAACUUCUGUGUUUUAUUUCUUUGAAGUUGUAAUCUGCAAGGCUUUGUAAUAGAUUAAGGUUUUUGUUUUUAGUAGAUAUGUUAUUUAUGUACUUGUCCCCCUCCACGACUAGCUUUCCAGCUGUUUGCGUGGCAAGCUAUCCAACCCCUGUAUACAAAGAAUAAAGUUAUCGUUGUUGUUUGAAAUCAACAGAAAUCGAUGUAUGACCUUCUCUUGACUAGUCCAGAUAUGAUCUACCACUGAUAUACUUGUAUAAUUUAUGGGAAUCGUAAGAGUUAAUGUCAUUUAAGUAGCUUUGUGUUACGAACAUCCUACGUGCUGCUGGUAUUGGAAUGUCGGUAGGUGGCAUAAUUGCAAAGAUGGUGAAUGAACAGGGAUGGGGUUUUUUCUUUCAAAGAUGCAUGCCACGCUGGAAGAAAAGCUAGCGGUAUACACGAUGUUUGUCUCACAAACCUAUUUUAAUUAUAGUCCCCUCUACUAACUAUGGUUUAAUGGCCAAAGCUCGUACAAGUCCCAUCUAUGAUAAUUUUGAGAGGGGUACAUGUAGUUGUCCAUAUUCUAUGCCAACAUGUUGUGCUAUUUAGGUUCUCAAGAUCGGUGCAAUUAUUGGGUGUGGUCGUUUGAUGUUGAUAAUGAUAACGAUGUUCACGAUGUUGUUGUUGAUGAUGAUGAUGAUAAUAAUAAUAGGGAAUUUACGUUCCAACGAGGCGACGACAAGAAGAACGUCUAGAAAACAAUAGGUUUAAUAAGCAAAACAACUACUUCGCACGUGCAUCACGCUUUUUUGUACUUUUCUUUGCCGUUUUUGCAAAACUAUGACUUGAAGGUACCUAAUUUCGCGUUUUAUGGAGAACGUUAAACAAGCAAUGACGAAAUUUUCUCACUUUGAACUUGGAUAUGGUCCCUUGAAAUUCAAUUUCAGGAGGGUUCACCUACAUUUGACGAAGUUAGUGGGUAGGAAUAAUCGCGAGAAAGACUGAAAGAAAAUUCUAUUUUUUUAGCGAUAUUCUCGUCGCCGUCCCGUCGUUGGAUCUUAAGGUCCCUAAUGAUUAUCCUUGCCCUGUUUUAUCAUAUUUUCAACCAUUUUUAUUCGCUUUGUUGUAUUUCUUCUGUAAGAAAUUCCAGAUGCAACAGAGAAACUGAAAGUGGUAUGGUGCAUUCUACACAAUGAGCUGCCAGAAGAGAACUUUGUUGUGCUCAAAUUUCUGAUGGAGUUUCUUAAUGAGGUAUGGUCAGGGUUCUAUUUAGGAUUUAUAGUUUGGGGGAGAAGUCCCGGAUCAUUUUAUCUUUCUGGGAAACUGCCCACCUACCUUUCCCCUAAACAAACAUUUUGCCUUAAGUAGAAGUAAGUAUAAAUGUUGGCUUAGGGGAGAGGAAGGUGGGCAGUCUCUCAGAACGGUAAAAGAUUCUACGUCCCUAGUGCCGAAGGCCACGAGCUUCCUAGCGGGGUCCGGGGGCAUGCCCGCCCGGAAAUUUUUUUAAAUGAAUAUGCGCUGAGAUGCAAUCUGGUGAAUUUUGAGCACAAUUUUGAGAAAUGUUACAGUGUGUGCACUGACCUCGUCGCGUCUGGAUGAUUUUUAUAGUUACUUAUAUACCUGAUUGAAAAAACGUUGUCGCUCAAAAGUAUAAACCAUGAAUUCCAUACUCCGCAGGGGAGUUAACUUCACCCAAAGACGUGGGAAUGUACUUGAUUACACAACGUGAAAUAAAAUUAAAUGAUAACUCCACAUUUGUUAAUUGGUGUUAGCGACAUGCUGCUUGAGUGAUACGGAUUUAGAAAGGUAAGGGUUCUUCGUCUACUAUUCCUUGUCAAAUUGGAAUUUGGAAUUGUCAAGAGGCAGUCGCGAGUACCAAUACAUGUGUACGAACUCUUCAUUGCUCUACUAGGCCGUUUACGGUGACCUUUUUCCCAACAGAUCAUCGAGCGUUUAUCAUAAAGGGCGGCCAUCAUAGUUUUAGUAAUAAAAUGAAUAAAUAAAUAAGUGAAUUAAUAUAUAUCGAUUUAGUGGCAGCACUGUAGAAACACAGUUUAGCAACGUCUUCAUUGUUUCAGGUCUUGGAUUAUUCCGCUGUAAACAGAAUGACGGCCAUGAAUCUGGCAAUUGUGUUUGGACCGAACAUUCUUUGGUCCAGAUCUCAAGCGGCUUCAUUAGACGCCAUGGCACAGAUCAACUCUUUCACCCUUCUGUUGCUGGAAAACGUCAGUUAUCUGUUUGGAACCUCGUGACCUAAAAGUGCUGUAUUGCGUUCUUGGAGUAAACUUUAUGACUCUGCGGGUUUCUUCACGAGAGUAGUAGAGAAGAAAAGCAGUCUCGCACGCCCUAUCAUUUAUACCGAUAGGUCUUUUUUGUCCAUUAAGAUAACUAUCAUUUCAAACAGUUUACUCACUCACUUGUCGUCGGAUAUAAGUAGAUGUACAUGUUUAAAUUAUGAAACGUUAUAACGGAAUGUACGUAAGAAUUAUGCUUCAUGGAGUGCAAAUGCUGGACAUUUCGUGUUUAAGGCGGAGGAAUAUCAGAAAUAUUAUCAGCUCGACAUUAAAUGUGGAUCACCAUAACAACACAAAUGUUGUACGAUCUGCGUUCUUGUCUAUCUUGAUGCUGAUGUUAGUCAGAUGUAAAUACAGUACUGUUCUACGUAUAUUUCUCUCUGUUGACAUCAAGGGUCGCCCAACAAUCGCCUCUUAUUCAGCUGGGAAAAUAAAGUUUAAAGUCGUG